GGACAAAUCUAUAUGCAUUUGUCCUUUUGCCCUGCAUAUCAAAGAAUGGAGAUAUUAUAAACAAAUAAUCUCAAAAAUCUCAGAAUGAUCAUCAUUAUGAAUUGAUUCUUUACAAUGAACAUAAUAUUGUAUAUUUUUUAUAAUAUUCUUGUGCUAUGUGCAAUACAAAAUUUGAAUAUUUUAGUAACAUCAGAAAUUGCAAGGCCUGCCAAACCGAAUAUCAUUCUCAUAGUGGCUGAUGAUUUAGGUUGGAAUGAUUUAAGUUUCCACGGUUCUGCACAAAUACCUACACCCAAUAUAGACAGUCUAGCAUUUUCUGGUAUAAUAUUGAACAAUUAUUACGUCAAUCCAAUAUGCACUCCAUCCAGGAGCGCUUUGAUGACUGGAAAAUAUCCAAUUCAUACUGGAAUGCAACAUUCUGUUUUAACCGAAACUGAACCAAGAGGUCUUCCAUUAACUGAACAUAUUCUGCCGGAAUACCUGAGAAGCCUCGGAUAUCAAAAUCACAUCGUUGGAAAAUGGCAUCUUGGCUCUUACAAGAAAAUUUUCACUCCCAUCUUUAGAGGCUUCGACAGUCAUUUAGGAUUCUGGAAUGGCCAUCAAGAUUACUUCGACCACACCAUCGAAACCUUUGGCACCUGGGGUUUGGACAUGAGGAGGAAUAUGGAGUUGGCUAAGAAUCUGCACGGCAAAUAUUCCACUGAUGUCUUCACUGCAGAAGCAGUACGACUGAUCAAAGACCACGACGUAGACAAACCUUUGUUCUUGUAUCUUGCUCACGCUGCUGUGCACUCUGGAAACCCUUACAAUCCUCUUCCGGCUCCAGAUUCCUACGUAUCAAGGUUUUCUCACAUCAAAGAUUAUCCUAGGCAAAGGUUUGCUGGUAUGUUGACUAAGCUGGACGAGUCUACAGGAGAAGUGGUAGAAGCUCUACACAAAAAGAAUAUGUUAAAUAACAGCAUCAUCAUUUUCACAACAGAUAACGGAGGACCAGCUGCUGGUUUCAACCAAAAUGCUGCUUCUAAUUUUCCUCUGAGAGGUGUGAAAGACACUCUUUGGGAAGGAGGUGUUAGAGGGUGUGGCCUAGUUUGGAGUUCAUCAUUUAAGCCUAAAUAUUCACAAAGGGUUUCUGAGGAUUUGAUGCACAUUACUGACUGGUUACCAACAAUCUUAGAUGCCGUAGGAAAUGACAGUGUUUUCAACCAGACAAUAGAUGGCGUAAGUUUAUGGAAAACUCUAACAGAGGGCACACCUUCACCUAGAAAAGGAGUACUGCAUAACAUCGAUGACAUACUUGGAAUUUCCUCCUUAAUGGAGGGUUCCUAUAAAUUUCUGAAAGGCGAAUCAUACGAAGGCAAAUGGAGUGGUUGGUUUGGUCCAUCUGGAAGAGAUUACAAAUAUAAUCUUACCACUUUGAAAGUAUCGAAAACUUAUAAAAUAUUGAAAUCUAUCGGUAAAAUUCCUGAUGAUAGCACAGUGAAAAAUAUCAGGGGAAAAGCCACAAUUUUGUGUACUUCAAACUCAACCAUUUUUUCCGACUGUAAACCAGGAAAAAAGUCCUGCUUAUUCAAUAUCAAAUUGGACCCUUGCGAGAAAUACAAUAUAGCAGAAAUUGAACCAGGAAUUCUAGCUGAUAUGGAAAAAACAUUGCGAAGUUACAAUAAAACUGCUUGGCCCCCUGGUAACUUGCCCAGAGAUCCAAGAGGAGAUCCAAAAUAUUGGGACUAUUCAUUUGUCAAUUUUGGAGAUUAUAAUUGAGUUUUGUUUGAGUGAAAUUUUUUAGGAAAAAAUAUUGCGUCUUCUUGCUGUCUUA